AUGGCUCAGGCGUACGCCAUCUGGAUCGGCCUGGUCAUUAUCGGCGCUCUGUGCGCCGCGUCCUGGUUCCUGUCCCCCAAGGGCGAGAACCAAGUCCUCUGGCGAUCGUCCCUCAUCCUCGCCAUCGUCAGCUGCUACCUAAUGUGGGCUAUUGCUUUUCUUGCCCAACUAAACCCCCUCAUCGCCCCCCGGCGGACCGACCUCCGAGAGCAAUACCUGGAAUAG